AUGAAGUGGCCCACUUCUGACAAGCCUGCGGAAAUGCCUAAUUUUGAGUCUUUGGCCAGGAAAUACCGUUACCAAGUCUUAGGCAGAGCGUGUCGAGAUCAUGGAAUCAACUCGCUGUUCUUUGCCCACCAUGGAGAUGAUCAGGCAGAGACUGUGAUGAUGAGAUUGACCAGUGGCCAUAAGAGACCUGGACUUUUGGGAAUGAAAUCUGAUUCCGAAAUCCCGGAAUGUCAUGGUAUACAUGGCGUUCACGAGAGUGGUGGAAUAGCCCCUAAGUCUUGGAGGGGAAGAAAGGCGCCCGUGCAAUACAAAUCACACCAACCAUUGCCAAACGUGAAGCUAAUACCUCAGCCUAUCCCCGAAACUGGUGGUAUUAAAAUCUAUAGACCCUUUCUAGAUUUUGGGAAAGAGCGUUUGAUCGCUACUUGUCAGGCUGGGGGAAUAGAGUGGUUCGAAGACCAUACAAACAUGGAUCCCACGCUCACGUCAAGGAAUGCAAUCAGGCAUCUUUACAAGUCGCAUACUAUGCCUGCUGCCCUGACAAAGUCUGCCCUUGUCAAGCUGUCGAGCAGAUGCCGGGAAUUGGCCAAUACACAGCUUGAGAUGACGGAGUGGUGUCUUUCGCAGUGCAGCAUCAAACGGUUCGACACCCGCAGCGGUGUUCUGACCGUGCAGUUCAACGAUAUGAACGAUUCUACCAUACCCGUUCUAACUGACAAGAAGCUGGUGGCAGCGAAUGUCUUGAGGCGGAUCAUCAUGCUAGUCACGCCCCAGGAACAUGUCCAGACGUCCGUCGUGUACCGUACCCUGAAGCGGGUAUUUCCCGAACUCUGGCUUUCUGAAGAGCUGCAUUUUGAACCACCCAAGUUCACCGUAGCAGGGGUUCAAUUCGAGCGUCUUACCGAUGGCGCAAAGUGUGAAUGGUUCAUCUCGCGACAGCCUCACAGUACUAGCACAUCCAUGCCAGUCAUCAGCUUUCCCCACCGCAAAGAAUCUUCUUGGUCAGAAUGGACACUCUAUGAUGGACGAUACUGGAUUCGUAUACAGAAUCACUGCAAGGUGCCUCUCUUCAUCCGUCCCUAUCGCAAAGAGGAUCACAACAUGUUCAAGCAGUCGCUUCCUAUGAAAAUGUGGAACCCCUUGCACAAGCUGCUGAAGCAUAUUGCGCCUGUGGAUUCAAGGUACACUCUCCCUGCAAUUUUCGGUCCAGGAGAUGAUGGCGAGGCAAUAGUCCUGGCACUUCCUACGCUGAACAUCGGCCCGCACAAAAUCGAGAAUAUGGUGAAGUGGGAGGAAGAGGUAGUCACUGUUCAUGAGGCUGGAGCUACGAUUAUGUACAUCUUGUAG